AUGAAAGCCUUCACAGAUCUCUUAAGAUGGACCUUGGACUUCGGACUUGUAGAAUCAAUUUUGAGUAUCACUGGUUUACUUAGAUUAUUUAUCAUAAUACAUUUGGGAAUACCAACGAUUAAACAGUGGGAAAGUAUGGAUGCAGACUAUUCUAUUCAUCGCCAUGAAUUUUCCUGGAUUAUGCCCUCCUAUAAUCAGCCAGAUCUAUGGUUAGCCGAAUUCAUACGUUACGAUCCUAAACGGCGAAUAUCAGCGAAAGAUGCCUUAGUCCACGAAUAUUUCAAUGAUCUCAAUAAAUCGUCGCUACCGACUAGACGAUGGGAUGGAUCUAAAGCCAUAUUCGAUACCUGA